CACCGUCACGUCAUGACGUCAUCACACUGAGCGAGCCUGCCAGACGCUUGUUUUGAGAGAGAGAGAGAAAGAAAAAGGAAAAGAGAGAGAGGAGAAAAGGGUGAAGGAAAGGGGGGGGGGCUCCAAGCGAUUGAUGCUCCUGGUUUACACAAUAUUAUUUUUUUAACAUUUUCAAUAAUGUCCACCCCGGCGAGGAGACGUCUUAUGAGAGAUUUUAAAAGACUUCAAGAGGACCCUCCCACCGGCGUGAGCGGAGCGCCUUCGGAGAACAAUAUCAUGCUUUGGAACGCUGUUAUUUUUGGGCCCGUGGGCACGCCAUUUGAAGAUGGAACGUUUAAGCUUCUGAUCGAGUUUUCAGAGGAGUACCCAAACAAGCCUCCCACGGUUCGCUUUGUAUCCAGAAUGUUUCACCCCAAUGUGUACGCAGAUGGCAGUAUAUGUUUAGAUAUCCUCCAGAACCGCUGGAGCCCAACGUAUGACGUAUCGUCCAUACUCACCUCCAUCCAGUCGUUGCUGGACGAGCCCAACCCCAACAGCCCGGCCAACAGCCAGGCGGCACAGCUCUACCAGGAGAACAAGCGCGAAUACGAGAAGCGAGUGACAGCCAUUGUGGAGCAGAGCUGGGUGGACGUGUGAGACCCAAAUCCCCGUUUCGUCCCACUCCCACUCGCUCAUUUGACCUCGUGUCUGUGUGUGUGUGUGUUCGUGCGGACACGGGUGUGGAGAUGCGCAUAUCACAAGAACUCAAGUGCCACCCUGCAAAAAAAAAAGACAUUAUAUCAAGGGAGUGAGGAAGAAUUUUUUUAAUUUGACUUUUUAUAAUUGCAUGUUAUGAAAUAAGUUAUUGCUAACAGAACUUGUAAUAUAUCAGUGUUUUUUUUUUUUUUUUUUUUUUGAUUAAGCCGUCAGUGUGCUGCUGCUUGGUUUGUUUGGAAAUGGGAGUUUCAUGACCAAAAUCAUUUUUUGUAUUUUUUUCCGCCCCCUCCCUAAUGUUUUUUAAAGCCUUUUAAUUGGAUUAUCUUCUUGAUCGAAUCUCACAAUGGGAGAGGUUAUUUCUCACCCAACGUCGAAGAGCGUUUUAUGGACAAAGUGUGGUGAGUCAGCUCAGUUUGUAUUCUGAAAUUUCUUCUUGGACAUUGUCUGACGUAAAAGGACUGAAAUAUUAAAAAAAAAAAAAAAAAAAAAAGCUGUGGCUUCCUGUAUCCAAGUGAAAAAGACUGGCCUUGUGGCAUCGUGUAUGUAGGGUUUGUUCUGACUGAGCAGAAGGGGUGUUAUAUUUGUCAAAGGAAAAUGUGUACUUAUAACAAUAUACUGUAUAAAAAAGUAAUAAAUCAUUUUUUUCAGA